GCUGCCAGCUAACGACAGAGCGGAGGAUGGAGAAAGUGACACCUAAAAGAGUUUUUAUCAACAACAUAGACUCUUAUGCUUCCAAAUGUGUUGCUAAGUUUCUGUGUGAGUGUGUGGUGGGAGCAGCUGUGGAUCCUGAUGCAGUGACUGAGGAAGAGGAGGAGAGGAAACCCCACAGCGGGGCACCAGCGUUUCAGGUUGUUGGGACAGUUUCUGACACGUGUGACGAGGACAGACCUCAUGUCCUGGAGGAGUAUAAGCACCUGAACAGGGAGGAGCUGCUUUCAAAGUUGAUGGACUGUGACGUUGUCAUCUACAACAUUACCCAGCAUGCCGAGCAGCUGGAGGAGGCCUGCUGGGCUGCUUCAGCACUCCACAAUAAAAUGGAAGGUUUUUCUAGAGCGAAGAUGUUCAUCCUGGUCUCCACGGUGAUGACCUGGGCCUGCAGCAAGCCAGUGGAUCCUGAUGUUCCCUUCACUGAUGAGAUCUUCUGGAGAAGAAGAGCACAUCCCAGCUUCAAACAGCACAUGGACCUGGAGAAGAUGGUGGUCAAAAUGGGAAAGACGAACAGAACAAUGUUCUCCACGUACGUGGUGGCUUCAGGACUUCAGUACGGGCUGGGAGAGCAGCUCUUCCACUUCUUCUUCAAGACGUCGUGGCUGGGACAAGAACAGGAGAUACCUGUUUUUGGAGACGGUAUCAACAUCGUCCCCACAAUUCACAUUAGGGACCUGGCGAGUGUGAUUCAGAAUGUGAUUGAACAUCAGCCCAAGCCGUAUUACCUGCUGGCUGUGGACUCUUCCAACAACACCAUGGAGGAGAUACUGAAG